UUAUAUAUAUAUAUAUAAUUCUUGAUCUUUUAAGAAACAGCUUCUUCUUAUUAUCCAUCCAGCAGAGUUGAAUAUAAUGGGUUCUUCAGCGAGUGAUGCUCGUAAUUCGGACACACUACUAUACGACAUGGCUUCUGUAUUAAAAAUAAUGGGGCUAAGUUUGUGGCUGUACUUAGCCAGCAGCCAAGGCUCAACAAGUAGUGUGUUUUCAGAGGUUAAUGGAACAGUGCAUAUUGAUGUUUCUUCUUCGAUUGGAUUUACAGAUGAAGACUUCAUUUGUGCUACUAUGGAUUGGUGGCCUCCUACUAAAUGCGAUUAUGGAACUUGUAGUUGGGGAACUGCUUCACUUCUCAAUCUCGACCUAAGCAACAAGAUUUUGGUAAACGCAAUCAGAGCAUUUUCACCCCUGAAAAUCAGAAUUGGUGGAACUUUGCAAGACAAAGUGAUCUACCAAACAGCAGAUGAUCCGACACCAUGUUCUCAAUUUCUUAGGAAUAGUUCCGAGAUGUUUGGAUUUACCCAAGGUUGCUUGCCCCUGUCUCGUUGGGAUGACCUCAAUAACUUCUUCAAUAUGACAGGAGCGGAGAUUAUAUUUGGGUUGAAUGCAUUAAACGGGCGAACAAUUGGAUCAGAUGGGAGUUGCACUGGAGCUUGGAAUUCAAGCAAUGCAGAGUCCCUCAUAAGGCACACGGUCAAUAGUGGCUACACUAUCUAUGGUUGGGAGCUUGGAAAUGAACUGAGUGGCCGUGGAAUUGGAGCAAGUGUUGCAGCAGAGCAAUAUGCAUCUGAUAUAAUCACUCUUCAGAAAACAGUGCAAGAUAUAUACAAGGGCUUCGAGACCAAGCCACUGGUCCUCGGUCCAGGUGGUUUCUUUGAUGCAAAUUGGUUCACAAAAUUCGUUAAAGGAGCAGCAAACUCUCUUCAAGUGCUCACGCACCACAUUUACAACCUCGGUCCAGGGGUGGAUGAUCACCUGAUAGAGAAGAUACUGGAUCCAUCGUAUCUUGACGGUGGAGCACAGCCAUUUAGGGAUCUCCAGAAGAUUCUCAAUAGUUCUGGAAGUUCAACUGUUGCAUGGGUUGGUGAAGCUGGUGGGGCUUAUAACAGUGGCCGCGAUCGUGUCACUAAUGCAUUUGUCUUCAGCUUCUGGUAUCUGGAUCAGCUGGGGAUGUCUUCUUCUUAUGAUUCCAAAACAUAUUGCAGACAGAGUCUUAUUGGUGGAAACUAUGGUUUACUCGACACUAACACUUAUCUCCCUAAUCCUGAUUACUACAGUGCACUUCUUUGGCACCGUCUGAUGGGAAGAAAUGUCCUAUCGACAAGUUUUGAAGGGACGAAAAAGAUACGGGCAUAUGCUCACUGUUCAAAGAAUUCAAUUGGAAUAACGUUGGUAUUGAUCAACCUGGACAAGGCGACUACAGUUGAAGUUGGUGUUUCAAUUGAAAAUUUCAUAUCAAACAAGACAUUGACAGUGGAACAAAUAGUUGAACAAACACGAAAUACAAAUCCCACGAGCAGAUACAAACACAAUGGUGAAAACGAGAUGAUGAUGAGAGAAGAAUACCAUCUUACGGCAAAAGAUGGUGAUUUGCAUAGCCAAACAAUGCUGCUGAAUGGGGAAAUAGUAAAAGUAAAUACUUCUUCAGGAAUAAUACCUCCAUUAGUACCUAGAAGAGUAAUCUCCUCAGAACCAAUAACUGUUGCUCCUUUCUCCAUACUAUUUGCUCAGAUACCCUCCAUUCAGGUGCCAGCAUGUAAAUAAUGCAUUGUCAAAGUGCUGUAUUUGUAUUGUAUAUAUGUAUGUACUCACCCCAGUCACUGCUGAAACCUGACAAUAACUUUAUAAAUGGAACAAACGGAAAAUAUAGAAGAAGCCAGAACCAAAUAAAUGAGGAAAAUUACAACUUAUCAUGUUGUUGAUGUGAAAAAUUUCAACCAUCAAUUUCGACGAGAAUGAUGAAAUGGUGACAUUUUGUUGGAAAGUUGAGUUUUCUCAACUAAACUCUAAUUUCAAUUGAAUAAUAAUCCACCCCAGUUAAGCUUUUUUUUUUUUU